AUGGCAAAUAGGUGUUAAUUCGAAAAUUCAAAUGAUAUUGGCGUUUUUAGUAAAUUAACUUCAGCUUAUUGUUUAGUUUCAAUAGGUGCAUCUGAAAACUUUUAUUCUGUAUUCGAAUCAGAAUUAUGUAGUCAUAUUCCUGUUAUACAUACAAGUGUAGGAGAUUCUAGAAUAAUAGGCAGACUUACAUGCGGAAAUAAAAACGGAUUAUUAGUUCCUAAUACAUGUAAUGAUACAGAAUUAAGACAUAUUAGAAAUUCAUUACCAGAUGAUAUAAAAGUAAGAAGAAUAGAAGAAAAGCUAAGUGCUUUAGGAAACUGUAUCGUUGCUAAUGACUAUGUAGCUCUUGUACACCCUGAUUUAGAUAAAGAAAGUGAAGAGAUCAUUGCAGAUACGUUAGGAGUAGAAGUUUUUAGAAUUACCAUAGCAAAUAAUGUUUUAGUAGGCACAUAUUGUGUAAUAAAUAAUAAAGGAGGGCUUGUUCAUCCUUUAGCAACUGUAGAAGAAUUAGAUGAACUUUCUAACUUAUUAUAAAUCCCUUUAUGUGCUGGAACUAUUAAUAGAGGAUCGGAUGUUAUUGGAGCUGGCUUAGUUGUUAAUGAUUGGGCAGCUUUUUGUGGAUUAGACACAACUUCAACAGAAAUUUCUGUAAUUGAAAAUAUAUUUAAAUUAAAUGAAUUUAAAAAUUUUGAUAGUAAUAAUUAGAUGAGAAAAAAUCUUGUUAUGGAUUUGGAAUGAAAAUAGUCUUUUUUAUCUUGAUAUUAAAUAUAUAUUUUAUUUUGCAUAUGUUUUUAAUAUUUUAUAAUUAAAUUAAUGUUUAUUG